AUGACUCUUCGAGCAGUUCAGGUAGCCCCAGCUCAAAAUGGUCUCAAUGGUACCAGCCACGUUGCCAAGCCAUUAUCCCACCCUAGCAACGAGCUGCGCACGUCUCGUUGCGUGAAAUAUACCAUGUUUUUCAAAAACAUGUUUUUCCUGUUAUGCGGAGUGUUUAUCGGUGCCAUCGGUAUAAUCGCUUUGCAAGAAAAGGGGAAAUUACACGGAAAAUUUGAUGGGCUAUUCCUCGACCCGGCUGCGAUAAUGCUGACGGUAGGCGUCGUGGUGUUUAUUGUGUCUUUCUGCGGCGCUCUUGGGGCUUUACGGGAAAAUAAGUGUCUGUUGCGGUUCUUCUAUGCCUGCGUUAUACUCAUAAUUUUGGUGCAAAUAGCUAUCGGACUUGGGGCGUAUUUCGCCAAGAACUCGAUAAAACGAAAAAUCGACAACGUUUUCCAAGAAGCGAUAUUGAAGUACCAAGACGACCCAGAUUUGCAAUCGUUGAUCGAUUACAUGCAAAUCGAACUCAAAUGUUGCGGUUCUAUCAAACCCGAGGAUUGGAGCAAAAAUCCAUACUUUAACUGCAGUUCCAUUUACAAAGAAAGCAUCUCCGACAUCGGCAGUUUCUGUUCGGUACCUCACUCGUGUUGUCGAGACGACAAACUUAAUCGGAUGUGCGGUUUCGGCGUGUUCACCAAAACGUUUGGUGCAGAUACUCGUGAGGAGAAGAUACAUAUGACGGGGUGUGUUGAAGCGUUGGAGACGUGGUUUAAGGACCAUGUUAUGUACGCUGGUAUCAUUUGUGGGUUCGUACUGGUAUUACAAGUGAUCUCGGUCAGGUUGGCCUUCAUUAUGAUAUCGGAUAUUAACGACAUUAUAAAAUGGCGCGAUCGGUAUUAG